GGUAUCUGCUUAUCUUGUGUUCUGCGUGUUUAAGUUUAAUCUUCAAGAAGAAUCUCAUCCUGGUGAUUUUUUCCCUGGCAAACGUUUCAUAAAUCAUAAGUAUUUUAUGCAGAAAUGGUCAAAAAACUGGUUGUUUAUUCAGCUGGGUUGACUCCAGGUCUAAAGAAGCACAGUAGUAAAAAUGGUCACUGUUGGUUUUGUUGUCAUAAAAAGGCAUUAAAACGAAUUUUGGUCAAUCAUAAAACAUAAAUAUAGUAAAUAAAAAAAUUAAACCUUUUCUCAUUGGCGUCCAACUUUGCUGUUUUCUUAGUAAUUUAUCCGCGAGGAAAGAAACGUUGGCCGUUUCUGGGCGGAGGAUUAAUUCUAAUUUUCACCAGACAUUUCUCUGCAAUAUUUACCGUAGCUUUCUUACUGCCAUGCUAAUCAAGGUCUCUGCAAAUAGCAGUUUGUACUUCUUGCUAAUUACAGAGACAUCAAGAUCACAGGGAUGGGAGGGAUGAUGAGCAAAGCUGUGGCACAUGUGUCUGGAUUCACACACCCUUUUAUCCACCACCACCGCCGCCGCCACAUUCCUGAUAAAAAUAUGUCACACUGCAGCAGAUGGAGCGGCGGCGCGCUCGGCUGCUUUGGAUAGAAAUAAAUAAAAUAGAUUGAAAUACGAUGACGGACAAAGGUGGUUUUAUUCCCGCUCUAGUGUCCCCCUUGAGAGUGGCGUCGGUGCUUCAUGCAUUCAGUAAAAGGCCUUUGAAAGUCACAAGUAUGUUGAACAUGCCACUAUUAAGAAAACUAUUAUACAUGUUUAUUUACCGGUAUCUGGAUGUAUAGGGCCGUAUUCAUUUAGCUGUCCUUAACAUAAAACAACUUUCUUUAUUCUGAGCUUAAAUUGUUCAGACCCGCUGCAGUUUCUGCAGAAUCAAUGAGCAAAUGACAGACGAGAGUAAAUGAACAGGCUGUUCCCACAUGAAUAUAAAUAUCACAUUAAAUGGACACUAUCUGUGCUAUUGACAAAACACUAAAAACUACAAUUAGAUUAUAUUUUGAAUAAAUUACCCAGCAUUCUUGUUAGCAGUGUUGUUGUGUAAUAAAAAACCUCGCCCCUUUGGCUCCGACAAGAGUUCAGAUAAAGCAGCCAACAGUGUUGUCGAUACCGUUUAGUCUCUGUCUGUUUUCUCCAUUUGUUUUUCCUCACGUCUUCCUGAAGACAUGCCGCGGCAGGUUCAUCUCCAGAGGAGUUUAAACCUCUGCGGUCGACUUUGUUUCCCAGCAUCUCUCUGAGUAAUUAACCCUGUGGACUGUGUGGACCCUGACUGAUCAGCUGUAAUAUCCUUAUCAAUAUUCCCGGGCUGUCCUCUGCGGCUCGGCUCUGCUGCACUCACAUUCAUAAUCGUGUUUGUGAAGUUGGAUCACAGAGUUAAAAGUUCCCUUUGGUCUGAGUUACAAAGUGACUGCAGAGGUUACUCUGGAAAUUAGGAGGUUGGUUUUAAAUCCAGAUUUAGACGUUUGGACUCAAAUGUUCGUCUUUCUGCGUCUUCACAUUAACCUUGUUAGUGCUUUUUGUAUUGCUUUGAAAUUUGGUGUUUAAGAUGCAGUGUCCUAUUCAGCGGUGUAAUAGUUUAACAAAAGCAGAAAGAAGAUUUCCAUCAUUUUAGAGUAUUUGUAUCCAGAAUAUAAAGCUUUAAUCUCUCUAAGUUUCUGUUAUAGACAUACAGACAUCAGUACUUAAACGCCUAAAGUGGCUGAAACAGAACGUACUAGAAUGAGGGUCUGUGUACUUAGCAGCCAAAGGAUUUUCGUUUUCACAAACUAUUUUCCAUUUUUCGUUUUGAUCAUAAAAAUCAGAGAAUGAAAAAAGAAAAACACUCAAUAUUUGAUUUUCUGUGAUGUGGCUGUAUCCCUUUAUUGCCUUUUGUAUCAUAUUUGAUAUAUACUUUUAUAAUUCUUCUAUCAAAUUAAUAUGAUCAACUAAUUACUAAAAAACACCCUAAAACAGUCCGAUAAAUGAUAAAAAUGUCCUCUUGUGGUUUAUCAGUUUCCAAAAACAUUAAAUGUAUCAAACAAGAUAAAUAAUUAUAUUUGUUAAAUCUUAAGGACAUUGAUUUUUUUGGUUUUCAGUCAUAAGUGAAAUAAUAAACAUUUCAGCUAAAAAAAAAAAGUGAAUUUUCUGGCCAUAAUUUGUGGUUUCAGGGAUUAUCAAAUAUCUAAUAAACAUCGCAUUAAAUAUUUACUUUUUUUACCAGCUGUUCGUGACCCAUCCAGAACGAGUGCGCGACCCACUUCUGGGUCAGGACCCCCCACUUGAGAACCACUGAUCUAGGCUACAUUUAGACGUCUAUUCGACCUCUUUUAGACCAAAAAACGCUCAGUGUGAAGAAAUAAACCUACAUUAGAAAAUUACCCAUAAAAGUCGUCUCUUGUCCUCCUUUUGACGUGGUGAUAGAUUCGGUAUUCAGGGACAUUAUGUGGUUAUUGGAGCUGGCAGGGCGGAACAGCACUGUGUGUGUGUUUGCAUGUCUAAGUGUGUGUGUAUGUAGCACACCCACUGUGUGUUUUUAGGCGUGAUGAGGAACAGGAACCAAACUUCAGUGUGACUGCAUAUUGUGUUUUGUAAAAGGUUAUUUUUUUCAAAUAUGCACAUAAAAAUUUUAAUCUUUUAAGAUCUGUAGUACAGCAGAUUUAGCCUCCUAUAACCUCACAUAGACUAGCUGUAAAAGCGCCUCCUUAACUUUAAAUGCCGAACUUUUGCACUCAUUCGAUCUCACUAAAGAGAGAGGUAAUUUAACUUCUGAUAAAAUAAAAGAGCGACAGUUUUGCCAAACAGGAAUCGUGGAAAACAGAGUGGAGUUUGUCAGUCCUCCUCUUUACUUUUGCACAUUUUUAAGGCAAUUAAAAAGAAAAAUCAAACCUUUCCUAUUAUUUUAAUCGUCCCUUUUUUGUUUGCUGUCAUUUGUAAUUUUCAGCAAAGAAAAGCUGCCAUACCUGCUGACAGCUGGACUGAAAGCAAAAUACGAACAGGAAACUCUCUCACUCACUCACACACUCACACAGCCAGGCUGUUUACGAAUGGAGCUAAUUAUCGUGACAAAAACUACAGGAAUCAUUUUAAUCCUCCUCAGAUAAUCAUCAAACAAAAGGAAACGGUUAAAAUUGGUUCUGCUCCGGUGAUUGAGAGAGAAAAAAGAAAAGAAAAGACUGUACAAGAGAGAAGUUGACUGCAAGUCCCAGAGAGCAUUUCACUUAAAAAAAACAUUCAAUCAGAGUUUGAACAGAGUUAAACUGUAUUAAUCAUCCAAGUGGUCCAAAGUUGAGGUGUCAGGGGGGCAGGGACAAAUGGAAAGAAGCUGAUAACAAUAUUAAUUAUUGAACUGAAUUAUUGAAUUAUUAAUGCGAGGGGAAUGAAUGAGGUAAUUCAAUGGCACAAUAUAUGGAAGUAAGGUAAAAUAAGGGCUUCAAAUGAGGAAUCUGACUCACAAAUGACUCAUUUGAAAGGAAGGUUAUUAAAAACUUCCCUCCAGACACGUCGGGAAGGAAAGGACCCAUGUGACCUGAGACACUUUUUAAUUCUCCACCGAAAGGACUGAAAUAGACGGACACUGAACAUUUCAGAGCGUACAAUAAAGCCGAUGUGAGCGUUACACGUUUCAGCGACACCAUGUUCUGUUCAACGUAAUGUACGAAGGAAAUUAACGUCUUUUAUGUUGUAGUUUAAUUUUUUUUCUUUCCCCUGUGGGAUGGACACUGGACAUAUAAUUUGAUUCAGAUUAAUUUAUUCCAGUAGAAAUAUCCCCCACAAACCUCAACAGUAACGAACUCAAGCCCAACGAAAAGAAAGACUUGAAAAUCUACCAGAUUAAUUUAGUAAAGCAGGUGAUUUAAAGGUGGGGUAGGCAGGAUUCUGUUAAAGAAGCAUCUUUUUUUGUCAAUCAUCAAUCAAUAGUUAUUAGUUAUUGAUGACAUUUGGUAAUAUAUCGAUAUCUCUGUGUUCUCUUAUGUCUGUGUCGUCAACAUUUUAAAAUUUCAGAGUGCUCCGCUCUUUCUGACUGUAAACAAAGCCGUUCUCCGCCUCCUCUAACCUGAUUGGUUGUGAGGCAGACGCUGCUCCCCCGUGUCGUUCAGGAGCCCAAACAAAGUUAGCGUGCUACAAUAUCGGACAGUAGAAACCAACCAGAAAGUUCGGAAAAUUGUCUGGACUAUGUCACUUUAUCCUCGUUGUAGAAGUCCUGCAAACAUUGUGUUUGCUGGUAGUCUGUUGGCAUCUACAGUAGCACCAAUGCUUUUGACUUUCACCUUGACUGGGCCCCAUUUGUAAUGAUCUGAAGUAUUUAUCUGCAUUAUAUCUGAAUUUAAUUGGAACGAUACGAGCGAGCAGGAGCGUCUGUUUGUGGGCGGGGCUUGCUGGAGCAGAGAGGGAGGGGAGAGAGAGAGAGAGAGAGAGAGAGAGAGUGUUUCUCUGUGUUGUCUCUUUAACUCUGUGGCUCUAAAACAGUUGAAGUGUGUUUCUGCUCGAUGAGGUUUCUAUGAGGUGAAUAAAUGUUGGUUCAGUUGAUCUUCAGGACGGCUGCAGCUUUAAGAACUUCUGCUUGUUUUAGUUUGAGAGUCUAAAGUUCACAGAGACACUCCUCUUCCUGGAUUGUAGAAAAACUGGAUCCCCCCCCCCCCCCACUCUGCACACUCACUUCCUUGUUUCCUCACUUCCUUGUUCCCUCCCCUUCAGAUCUACAGUCUAAAGGUUGGGUGUAACCUCCGUGUGCUGACUUGAUCCUGCUGACUCACACAUGUUGUUGUGAGGUCAGAGCUCAGACUAGUUUCACUUCUCAGGAAAUUAAACUCAGUCAGUCGUCGUCGACAGCGAGUGUUGAAAUGGCGCAGAAAGGAGUUCAUCUGGACCGUGAGUCUUUCUCUUGUUCCAUCUGUUUGGAUCUUCUGAAGGAUCCGGUGACUCUCACCUGUGGACACAGCUUCUGCAUGAGCUGUAUUCAAUCCUACUGGGAUACUGAGGUUGAGAAGAAGAUCUACAGCUGUCCUCAGUGCAGAGAGACCUUCACACCGAGGCCUGUCCUGAAGAAAAACACCAUGUUAGCAGGUUUAGUGGAGGAACUGAAGAAGAGCGGACUCCAAGCUGCUCCUGAUGGUUCCUCUGAGGCUGGACCUGAAGAUGUGGCCUGUAAUUUCUGCAGUGGGAGAAAACUGAUAGCUGUCAUGUGCUGUCUGGUCUGUUUGGCUUCUUACUGCCUGGUUCACCUCCAGCCUCAUUUUGAAUCUCCUCCAUUGAAGAAACACAAGCUGGUGGAGCCCUCCAAGAAGCUCCAGGAGAACAUCUGCUCUCGUCAUGGUGAGGUAAUGAAGAUGUUCUGCCGCACUGAUCAACAGUCUAUCUGUUAUCUCUGCUCUGUGGAACAACACAAAGGUCACGACAUAGUCUCAGCUGCAGCAGAAAGGACUGAGAGGCAGAAAGAUCUGGAGGAGAGUCGAGAAAACAUCCAGCAGAGAAUCCAGGACAGAGAAGAAGAUGUGAAGCUGCUCCAACAGGAGGUGGAGGCUAUCAACGGCUCUGCUGAUAAAGCUGUGGAGCACAGCCAGGAGAUCUUCAGCCAGCUGAUCUGUCUGAUGGAGAAACGCCGCUCUGAGGUGGAGCAGCAGGUCAGAUCCCAGCAGGAACGUGAAGUGAGUCGAGUCAAAGACCUUCAGGAGAAGCUGGAGCAGGAGAUCACUGAGCUGAAGAGGAAAGACGCUGAUCUGCAGAAGCUCUCACUCACAGAGGACCACAACCAGUUUCUGCACAGCUACCCCUCACUGUCAGAACCGGGUCAACCUGCAGACUCAUCCAGGAUCAACAUCCGUCCUCUGAGAUACUUUGAGGAGGUGACAGCAGCUGUGUCAGAGGUCAGAGAGAAACUCCAGGAUCUUCUGACAGAGACGUGGACAAACGUCUCACAGGCAGUGACUGAAGUGGAUGUUUUACUGUCAGAACCACCAGAACCAGCAGAACCCAAGACCAGAGCUGAUUUCUUAAAAUAUUCACAAAGAAUCACACUGGAUCCAAACACAGUAAACAGAGAUCUGUUAUUAUCUGAUGGAAACAGAAGAGCAACAAGGACAGACCAACUUCAGUCUUAUCCUGAUCAUCCAGACAGAUUCACUGAUUGGGUUCAGGUCCUGAGUAGAGAGAGUCUGACUGGACGUUGUUACUGGGAGGUGGAGCGGAGAGGAUAUGGGGUUGGUGUAGCAGUCGCAUACAAGACUAUCAGGAGAGCAGGGAGAUCAGAGGAUUGUAGAUUUGGAUACAAUGACAAAUCUUGGAGGUUAAACUGUUAUAAAGACGGUUAUCAAUUUGUGCACAACAGUGUCAUCACUGAUGUCUCCGGUCCUCAGUCCUCCAGAGUAGGAGUGUACCUGGAUCACAGAGCAGGUAUUCUGUCCUUCUACAGCAUCUCUGAAACCAUGACUCUCCUCCACAGAGUCCAGACCACAUUCACUGAACCUCUACAUGCUGGACUGGUACCCUGGUCUGAUGGAGCCUCUGCUGAGUUUAUAGAAGUGAAAUAAAGAGAAUUUUGAGUCCAUCAGACCAAAAUCAUGGACUGAGAUCCUUGAACUCUUGAAAUGUUCUGGUUUGUAAAUGUUUGUGGAUCAGUCUCACCAAAAACUCUGGGUUUAGUUCUUCAUUUCAGCUUUUUGAUUCUUUUCUAAAGAUGCUGAUUUGGUCGCAGCUUUAAGGACAGUGAUUGUGGAGAACUUUGAUUGUUUGUAUUUCUCAUGUUGAAAAAUCUUCAUCAAGUUUGAUAUCAACAACAUCAAGAUGAUGGUUUGUUCAAAUCACCUUCAGUUGGUGCAGAUGUUGAAGGUCUGAGACUUUAGACUGAGACUUCCUAAUGAUUUUAAAAGCAACCUGAAAACAUACCUUUUCUUCUUGCUUUUAACUAAAUUUUUUAUAUCAUUGACUUCGUUAAGUGUUUUAGCAUUUAUCUCUUCUAGUUUUAAUCACAGGAUUGUCUUUUAUUGAGCUACUUUGGUGCUCUUAUUUUAGUAUCUUUUACUGUUGUUUUUAUUUCAUUUCAUUUAUUAUUUCUUAAAUUUCAUUCUACGUUACUUUGUCUUUAGAUUUUAACAUAAACCUCCAGUGUUUCCUUAUCUUGAGUUUUAAAAUGAUGUUUCCUCUGUUUCCAAGUCCUUUUUAAGUUCAUGCACUUUACUGUUUCUGAUGCAUUAAGAUCGUGGGACGGGAAUGAGGGGUUGGGCUGAGGUUGAUUUGUGUAUUUUUUUAAUCUUUAAUCUUUUAUUCGUUUUUCUGUGUAAAGCACUUCGUGCUAUAUGUUGUGUAUGAAAAGCGCUAUAUAAAAUAAGACAUUGAUUGAUUGAUUGAUUGAUUGAUUGAUUGAUUGAUUGAUUGAUUGAUUUAGAAAAAAGUGACGUCAAAAUAACAGAAAGAUGAAAAAGGACGACCUUAUUUCCUGUCCCAAAUCCAAGCGUCUAAAGUCUUUCCAGUCGUCCCCAAAAACUCUUCAGAUGAUCUGUUUCUUUCUCUGUUUGCUGAAUAUUUGUGUUCAUGUGAUCGAUGGAUAUUUCUGUCUGCUUCUGUUGGAUCAGUGUGUUUGUAAAGACAUCUAGAAUCAGACUUUGGACAGAUCUACAUGUUGUUAUGAGCUUUUCAAUCACUCUAAUAAUAAUAAUAAUCACAUUUAUUAGUCCGACUGUUUGGAUGUUUCUGACUCAGCUCAGAUUGUGGUCAAGUCUCUGAUUGUGGGUAAAAAAAUCAUAAAAAUCCUUAAACUGAGUCACUGAAA